AGUGAGAAGUGUCAUGUCUUCCAACUGAAGUUUCUCCCAGUAACUUUGUGUUUAUUUGGUUUUGGACUGCUACGGAGUCACUUUCUUUCCGGUCAACACGAUGACUACCUCGUUGCCAGCUUCCUUCAAGAUUUUACGCAAUAAGAUGUAUUCUCGAUCAAACGAUUUUUGAAUACUUCAUUCGAAUAGACAGUGAAGUGUAUUCUGAGUGUAAAAUUUUUGAUGAGCAGUUAUCAGCAACCGAGGUUUACAAGCUUGACCGAUUGGAGUUGAUCAGCGAUUAUUUUCUCAGAGUGAUGAGACGCGGAACAAAAACCAGAGCUGACUCUGAUUCCCCAGAUCUAACGAACAUGAAUCAUACCAACGAGAGCGGUGAUUCUGUGAAUACGGGGAUGUUAGAUGAGGGAGCAACAAGUAUAUCGUCAGGAACAUCGCAUUCGAAAAGUGGCAAACACGAUGACUCCAAGAAAGAAAGAGUGGUCAAAGUUGCUCUUCCUGGAGCGAAGAAAGCUCAGUCAGCAGCGAAGAAGAAAAAAUCGACACCAGAUUUGGAUGUGCACAAGGCAAUUAUGAAAUGCCGCGAAGAAGGAUCCACGCACCUAGAUCUUAGCAAAGCAGCGGUUACAGCCAUUCCUAAGGAGCUCAAAGAGCUGACCCAAUUGAAGGAACUCUACUUGUAUGGAAACAAAAUUGCAACUCUUCCACCUGAGGUUGGGAUGUUGAAAAAUUUAGAGAAACUGGCACUGAAUGAAAACAACUUGACUGACUUACCAGAUACUGUGGUAAAGCUUAAGAAUUUAAAACUUCUGGACUUGAGACAUAACAAGAUGAAAGAGAUUCCACCAGUGGUAUAUCAGCUUGUAUCGUUAACAACUCUAUUCCUUAGAUUUAAUAGACUUGUCAUAGUUGAAGCUGGAAUUGGAAAUUUAAGACUCCUUGAGAGAUUGAGCCUCAGAGAGAACAAGAUUAAAGAGUUACCCGCUGUCAUAGGUCAGCUUGUUCAUCUUCUUACCCUGGAUGUUUCUCACAACAACAUCACAAGUCUUCCUAGAGAAAUUGGAAAUUGUGUCCAAAUGACAUCACUUGAUCUUCAACAUAAUGAUAUUCCUGAAAUACCUGACACGAUAGGUAACUUGACUGAAAUGACCAGGUUGGGGCUCAGAUACAAUCAGCUCUCUGCAGUGCCUGCAUCUUUAGCAAAUUGCACAAAGAUUGAUGAGUUCAAUAUUGAAGGCAACAAUGUCUCUGAACUACCAGAUAAUCUUCUUCAUUGCUUGAAAAUGUUGAACAAUGUCACCUUGUCCAGGAAUAACUUUGAACAUUUCCCAACUGGGCCACCCAAGCAAUUUGCUGCAGUUCAAACUUUUACCAUGGAACACAACAAAGUACAGAAAAUUCCAUUCGGAGCCUUUUCAAAAGCAAAGUAUUUGACAAAGCUAAACAUGAAAGAGAAUCAAAUAGCAGCACUGCCAUUGGAUUUUGGCAGCUGGAUUAGUCUGGUUGAGCUUAACCUAGGAACCAACCAGCUUUCAAGGCUUCCAGAGGAUAUUCAGUGGCUUACAAACCUUGAAGUUCUGAUUCUCAGUAAUAACCUUCUUAGAAGAUUACCACGUGGCUUGGGUGAACUAAAGAAACUUAGAGUACUAGACUUGGAGGAAAAUAGGCUGGAGUUACUUCCAAAUGAAAUUGCUUUUCUUAGGAGUUUGGAGCGAUUAGUUCUGCAGUCAAACAAUCUAACAACUCUUCCAAGAUCAAUAGGAUACCUCACCAAUGUUUCAUAUCUAAGUGUUGGUGAAAAUGACCUCACUCAACUUCCAGAUGAAAUAGGUAAAAUGGAAUCCCUUGAACAGCUGUAUCUCAAUGACAAUGACAGCCUUCAGUCUCUUCCCUAUGAACUUGCUUUAUGCAAUGCAUUGCAGAUUAUGAGCAUUGAAAACUGCCCUCUAAGCAGUUUCCCAGCUGAAGUUGUGGCUGGUGGACCAUCUUUAGUCAUACAGUAUCUGAGACUCCAAGGACCAUACAGGGGAAUGAUGGCGCAAGCAGGACUGGUACCUUCAUCAGAUGUCUGAGAGAAUAUUUUUAAUGCUUUUCCACUGGUGCUGUGUUCCUGUUAGGUUUUGUUUCAGUUUUUUGUUGUUUUUUUACUGAUGUCUUUGGCUCUUAAAAUUUUAAAGAUAUGAGUGGUAAUUCUUGCUGCAUAUUUUUAUCAAACUGAGUAAAAAGAAUUGGAUGUUGUGUUAAGAAAAUGUUUUUAAACUGAUAUUUUUUUCAGUCUUAUUUGUUUGUUGGCUAAAGAUUAGAGUUUUGCUGAGUUUAGCAUGUGGCUUGAAUUCAUGAACCAUGACAUUAGGGAUAGUUAAGGGAGCUUUGUCACAAUUGUUAAAGUGACUUUUUGCAUCACAGCGAGCUGCCAUUAGAUUGAAUGAACUGGGAAAUAAUUGUCCACUCUCCCAGGCAACACCAAAGAUAAAAUGAAAGUGAUUGAGGUUGGAAAAAAUCAAAAUGGAUUGCAAAUCAAUUAACUUUCAAAAUUUAAGCUAAUUAAUGGCUAUGAAAUAAGCACAAAUUUUUGUUCUGUCAACACUCCUACUUUCUCUUGCUUGGUUGAACAUGUUGCUCUCAGUUUUUUUCAGUUAUUCUCAGCUAACCUAGUUUAAAUCAGUUAGUGACAAGGGAUGGAUUCAAAUGUUAGUUGAAGCUAGACAUUUCAAGACUUUUUUUAAUUUUUUAAUUCAGCCUAGGCACAACUUCACUUAUGGAAACAAUGUUGAUAUCUGUAAUGCUGGUUUUGUUUGAUCCCCUUUUUUCUUUUUUUUUUGGAAUUUUGCCACAAAAUUGGGUGUGGUCAUGAUACAUAAAAUUUGAGACCUUUCCAUAGAUUAGUGAUUUUUGUAGUGUUCCUUCCACGGAAGGUUCUUAUAGUUUUCAUCAUAGAUUAGGUAGAUUUAAAGCGUUACUCAAGAUUUACUCAAUUUAAGGGGACUCUUUCAUUGGGCUCCAACUCGUUUUUUAAUGUUUAAAUUUUGAACACAUUUAUUUUAGGUCAGACUUUGGGGAAGUCAAUUUUGGUAAAUUUUGUGGUAGAUUCUUAGCAAGCAAUAGACAUUUUGUGGUGGAAGGAGAGAGGUUUUUUUUACAUUACACUACCUGUCACUUUAAGGGUGGGGUACCUGCUUUAGACUUACAGUAGGGGCAAUUAUCUUAUUACAUAUACAGAGGUAGAUUUUAUCAACAAUAAUUUAUGGUUUUCUACUAAUUUAGGAAAUUCUAAAAUUCUAUUAAAUAGAAACUAGAGAUAAAGAAAGGCAACCACAAGCUUUUGAAUGGAAAUUGGACAAGAUUUGUUAAGUCACUGUAGUACAUUGUGCAGUAGAACAUAUGACACUACAAUUGUAUGUAAGGUCCUAGAAACUCUGAGUUGAAAUGAGAACUUUGCUAGGAAAGCACAAAACCUUGGAAAAGUUGGAAAUUGUUUCCAGUACAAAUCUUUUUGGAUAAUUUUCCUAGAAAAUUUGAAGUUACUUGAAUGGUAUUUUAUAAACAUGUACUUACACCCAUGCAAACCUUACAGUCCAAGAAAAUAUGAUACUUGUCACCUUCAGUCCAAAUAUCAAAAUUACUGCCUCCAUUUUUUCUUUAUGUCAAUCAUUCUAAUUGACAAUCUGAUAUUUGAAUCAACACAACAAAUUUUCGAUGAAGCUGAUUUUGGUUCAACUUUCACCUGUUUAUUUGGGAAUUAAAAACGGUCACAUUUCUGCAUGGCAAAGAAAAUUACUUGUUUGUAAAUCAAGGUGCAUAUGGGAAAAAUACUUCAUGGCCAAAAGUCUCCAAUCAUUAUUUUUUUACAACUGUCAAAUUUUGUCAAUUGUACAGUAUCUGGUAGUAAGUUUAUCACAAAAUGGUUGUAUAAUUUUGAUUUUGUCCAUUUAUCUUUCACAAGUGAGCUGUCUUUAUUUUAAAUACCACAGACUCUUGAACUCAGGAUGUUCUUUCAGUGGUGAUCUGUCAUUACAUGCAAGUUAGAAGUUAGUCAUAGUUAGGCUCCAUGAUUGUAAUGCUCUUAAUUAUUGAUUUCCAAGAGAUUCAAGAUGGCUCAUCAGAAUGCUACUGUAGUACUUAAUAUGCUUUGUUUAAAAAAAUUCAUGAUCAAAAUUGUGGGCUCGCCCUUUGCUUGCCUUUGCACUUCAAUAAAAACAACACAAAUGGA